AUGGAUCUGGAGGAUGUUACAGCCAAAUUACUGUCCGAGUGGAAGAGCCAUGAGAGCGCUUUUGGAGAAAAUCUGGAGUCACUUCAGUCCUCCUCACCGGAGUCUGCCAUGGACUCCAUGUGCUCCUCGCCAGAGAUGUGCUACUCCAGCGACAACCAAGAGAUCCAAGAUUUUGGCUUCAGGGGGCGCAAAGUGACUCCGGCGGCGCAAAAACAAAGCAAGACAAAAAUGUCCACCAAAAGACGCAUGAAGGCCAGCGAGAGGGAGAAGAUGCGGAUGAGGAGCCUUGCGAAGGCUCUGCACCAGCUCCGUGACUACCUGCCGCCAGACUACAGCAAGACAGGCCAGCCCCUGACCAAGAUACAAACGCUCAAAUACACCAUUGAAUACAUCAACAAGCUCUCGGACAUCCUGAGCCGCGCAUAA